GAAGCCCCAGCAGGGGCUUCUGGCCUCGGACCACAUAGCUGCACCGCGCCAGAACUUCAGUUUUUAGCAGCAUUUUUCAAGAUGAGGAUUUUCCUAGCUUUUGAAGGACUUUGUGAAUCUUUUGACAUUUUGGCAGAGCAGACUGUGCAAGCUGUAAAACAGAUGAUAAAGGAUUAUUUCCAUGUCCCCCUUUCCGAAGACAAGCAAGGCAGACGAUAUUUGGAGUUGAUCUAUGCAGGAGCAGUGCUGAAGGACAACUGGAUUAUUGCUGAUAUAGGGAUAUCAGUUUCUUCAGUUAUUAGAUGUGUUGUUAAGGAAGAAGACAAGCCGGCCUUCUAUGUAUACAAUAGUGUAAGCCAAGAGAAAGUACCCAUUAUGGGGAGUAUUUAUCUUCUUGCAACAAAGGUGUCCUUUUUGAAAACCCUGGUGACCCUGAAAUGUGGCUUUCCAAAUAGUGUUUAUUGUCUUAGGACUCCAGGGGGCAGGAAGAUGUAUGACUGCAAUACACUGAAUGACUACCACUUAGAUAUAGGCACAACACUGUUUCUGGAUGUAUGGGAUGGAUGGAAAGAAUUUCUGACUGGAUGUCUCUUAGGAAACAAUCAUACAGUCCAACGUCAUCUAUCCAGAGAAGAGCCAAUCCUCAAUUAUCAAAAGAGAGUGGCUCUUUACAUGGCAGCACAUUUUGGCCACCUUGGACUUGCAACAUGGAUCCUGCAGCAGGGAGUGAGACCUAAUGAAGCAGUUGGUGUUCACCCCUACCGAGAGUGGUGUCAGGAAACAGAGCACCCAGAUAUAAAUAAGUGCCCAGUGCACGCAGCUGCAGAAGCAGGCCAACUAAUGGUGCUAAAGGCCUUCAUCAACUGUACUGUGUUGUGCUUAGAAUGCCAAAGCCCAACAGGGCAAAUUCCUCUGAACAUAUGCAUCAAACACAUGCAUAAGGACUGUGUGUUAUAUUUAGUUACCAAAAUUUGGUCAGUAGUUUCUUAUCCUAAUUUUUCACUUCCCAUGAAGAUCUACAUUAAGUUAAAGCAGUGGCUUCUCCAAGCUCAGAGUCACAUCCUUUCCAAGAAACGGCUUAACCCGGGUACAGUCUUCAGAACACGAGUUGGGGACAUAAUUACUGUAGAUGGCUUCACAAAGCCCAAAAUGACUUCCAAGUCCCCAGUCAAGAAGACAGCCAACAAGGGCUACAGGUUACCAAAUCUAUCUGAUCACACUCAGCAUGAGAGAGAGUCAUAUCCCCUGACAAACACAAAAAACAACCUACAAUUAACAAAGCUCAAAUUACCUCCUUUGGAGAAUGUGAAUAAACUCUCUAAUAUACGCAGACUUCAGCAAAAGAAGAAGAAAAGGAAAAAUGUUGCUCAGCCUACAAAGGAUGAAACUAUGGACCAACAUAUAUGUUUAGCUAAAGUUCCUUUGCCCCCAGUUUCUAAGCUCCAGAAUUCAUGGCCUCCUUUAUUCUAUUCCACACCUCAUGCUAAAUUGCUUCUAAACUCUUCUUUUGAGUCUUUCUCAGAAUACAAUGGGAGAUCUCUAAGACAGAAUGCAAUCUACUACUUAGCUGUUGCCAGUGCAUUUAAAGAGAAGCCAUGGCUUCAGCAACUGGAAAUUGCAAGAACCCUAGCUAAGAAGAGUGUCUGCAAACCUGUAAACUGA